AUGCGGAGGCCGUCGGGGGCCGGCUCACCGUGCCGCCGCCGCGCGAUCCAGGUGCUCGUGGCGGUCUCCCUCGCCUACGCGCUCGCCGUGCUGCUCCUCGAGUCGCCGCUCGUGUCCACGUCCCUGCCCGGGGCGGGGGCGUCCGCCGGGGCGUCGCGGAAGCUCCACCUCGACGGCGCGUGGGAGGGCGCGGGGCGAGCCGCGCCGGCGCGCCCCGCGAAGCAACCGCACAGGGAGACCCUCUCGGCGGACGCGGGGCGGGGACGGGCGCGCCGGCUGGCGGGGAUCGUCUCUGGCCUCGAGCUACGCCACCUCAACUCCACCCGCUCCGGCUCGCUCCGCAAGGUCGCCGCCGAGGCCGCCGAGUCAGGGGCCCGCGUGUUCUCGGACCUGGAGGCUCUAGCGACGGCCCUGGCGUCCUCGCGUGAUUCGUCAGGGGAGGAGGAGAAGAGCAAGUGCCCGCACUCGAUCGUCCUUAGCGGCGACGAGUUCCGGGAGAGGGGGCGGACGGUGGAGCUGCCGUGCGGGCUCACGCUGGGUUCGUAUAUCACGGUGGCCGCGACGCCGCACCAGGCGCACCCUGAGCGGGAUCCUAAGAUCACGAUGCCCAGGGAGGGGGAAGAGCCGAUCAUGGUGUCGCAGUUCAUGAUGGAGCUGCAGGGGCUCAAGACGGUGGACGGCGAGGAUCCGCCUAGGAUUCUCCACUUCAACCCCCGCCUCCGCGGCGACUGGAGCGGCAAGCCGGUGAUCGAGCAGAACACCUGCUACCGCAUGCAGUGGGGCACUCCGCUCCGCUGCGAGGGCUGGAGGUCCCGUGCCGACGAGGAGACUGUGGAUGGGUUGGUCAAGUGUGAGAAGUGGAUUCAGGAUGAUGAAGGGCGGUCGGAAGAGUCAAAAACGUCAUGGUGGCUGAACCGGCUCAUUGGCCGCGCAAAGACCGUCUCCGUUGAUUGGCCAUACCCAUUCGUGGAGGACCGCCUGUUUGUUCUAACUCUCACUGCUGGAUUGGAGGGUUACCAUGUGAAUGUUGAUGGACGGCAUGUGACAUCAUUUCCAUACCGCACUGGAUUUGUUCUUGAGGAUGCUACUGGCUUAUCAUUGAAUGGGGACCUUGAUGUGCAAUCAGUGUUCGCGGGGACUCUGCCCACCACACAUCCUAGCUUUUCUCCACAGAAACACCUAGAGAUGUUACCUAGCUGGCAGGCCCCUCACCUUCCAGACGAACCAGUUGAGAUUUUCAUCGGUAUCCUGUCAGCAGGCAACCAUUUUGCUGAGCGUAUGGCUGCGAGAAAGACAUGGAUGUCUGCUGCCCAGAAGUCGUCGAAUGUUGUGGCCCGGUUUUUUGUUGCCCUGCAUGGCAGAAAUGAAGUUAAUGUGGAGUUGAAAAAGGAGGCUGAGUUUUUCGGGGACAUUGUUAUUGUGCCAUUCAUGGAUAGCUAUGAUUUGGUUGUUCUUAAGACAAUUGCCAUAUGCGAGUAUGGGGUCCAUGUUGUAUCCGCUAGAUACAUAAUGAAGUGUGAUGAUGAUACUUUUGUUAGACUUGAUUCAGUAAUGGCUGAAGUGAAGAAAAUCCAGAAUGGUGUAAGUCUCUAUAUAGGGAACAUGAAUUACCACCACAAGCCAUUGCGCGAUGGGAAAUGGGCUGUUACUUAUGAGGAAUGGCCAGAAGAGGAUUAUCCCAUCUAUGCAAAUGGUCCUGGAUAUGUUAUAUCCUCUGACAUCGCAGAUUCCAUUCUAUCAGAAUUUUUAAACCAUAAAUUAAGGCUGUUCAAAAUGGAGGAUGUGAGCAUGGGCAUGUGGGUCGAGCGGUUCAACAACGCCAGAUUUGUUAAAUACGUCCACAGUGUCAAGUUUUGUCAAUUCGGAUGCAUAGAUGGUUAUUACACUGCACACUACCAAUCACCGAGGCAGAUGUUGUGUUUGUGGGACAAGCUGCAGGCUGGAAAAGCCCAAUGUUGCAAUAUGAGAUAG